GAUGGGCUUGCGACUGGCGUGGCCGACCUCUUCGCGUGCCGCAACGGCGGUGUCGUGGGUCUCGAGGAGGGACCUCAGGUGUCUACUCCUCAGUAGCAGCAGCAGCUCCCGUGACUCCGGGUUCCGCGACGGCUCGAGGGCGCGGCUUACUUGCUGGACCGUCUCGCAGAUGGACGAGCAGACAGGGCUCGCGUGUGUCGGUGGCACCUCCAAGCGCUGCUGCACCUGGACAGCUCCCGCGAGCGAAGGCUAUCGAUCCAGCGGGGCGCCUGCGUCGGAUACACUCGGACUCGACUCGGUCUCGGGACUGCGCCGCGCCUAUUUCCCCGCUCGGGGCCUCUCCGUCGCUCGCCGCUCGCCGCUGCCGUGCCAGUCGAACGAAACAGGUGGGGACGUCAGGGCCGUAGCCGACUCUCGGUUCGCUCGCGGGCUCCCCCGACCCAGUGGGCACGGCCCUGGCACGACUAUUGGACGAACAUGUGGCGCCGACGAGAUCUAA